AUGGGUGAUGAAUGUUUUAACCCACUGUUAGCUGUGUUGGUUGCAUUGUUUGGUUCAACAUCAUGGCUGGGAGUUAAUGCAUUUUGGGUCGAGAUGAGUGUUCAUACUCAAACACUGCCUGAGGGCUGGAAUCUCGGCUCUAUUUUGACCAUUAUUAUUCAGGUAAAAUACGUUUAAUAUUUAAGUAGACUUGUUUUUGUUAGUUAAGGUCUUGUAGUAGAAUUAGGUUUUAAAAGUUAUGACAUAUAGCUCAGCUCAUGACUGUAUACAACUUAAUAUGUAUGUGAAGAAAGGUCUAUCGUUACUUAUCUCUAAGAAUUAAAUCAUAUAUUUGAUUUGCUUUGUACCUACUAUAAAAUAAAAAUGCCAUUACUUUUUAGAUCUCCUCAAUUCCAGCCAUUCUGUACACAUUAUUAGAUCAAAAAGGCAAGGUUACAAUGUCCACAGCUCCAAUUAUCGUAUCAUCUUUACUAUUAGUUUCAAUAGUAAUUAUUUUUGUUGGCAUUUUUAACGAUGUUACAGUACACAUAGCUGGAUCACAACGAUCGAUUGUAGUUUACAUAGGAAUGUUUUUCGUUGGGGUUGUGUCAAUCUUGUCUGAUGUGCUGUUUAUUCCAUAUAUUAAGAAUAUGGCUGGACUGUACUUUAAUGCGUUUUUUGUUGGAUUGGGAAUGAGUGCGCUGGUGCCAAGCAUUUUUAGCAUUAUUCAAGGUAGGAGUGGACAAAAAUGAGAUAUUCUGGGUUUGAGUAGGGUGCGGUAUAAGUAGGGCUAGGUCAGAGCAGAAUUUAAAAAGGGAGAGCAAGAUAGGGUAGAAUAGGGUACGGGCUAUAGGACAAGGGUGUACUUAGGGUGCGAGGUAAGGUAAGGCUAAAUAGACGUAAGUAACGAGCCGGACCUGGGUGUUAGGCUACCUGAUCUAAAUUUUGUUCAGGUUUGGUCCGUACCGAAUUUUUUUUGUGCAAAUGUUAUGGUCUAGACAUUGAUUUUCAGGCCCGGCUUGAUUUAUCUUAAAUUUGGGUCAAGGCCGGCUUGUUUUAUGGUAAGGCUCGUUAGGGUUCGGUUAUAAAUAGGGUAGGGUAUUGUAAGGCGUAAUAUAAAAAUUUUGAAAUAUAAAGUUAAGGCGCCCGUUCAUACGAAUGUAUUUUAAUCAACUCGACCGAUCCACCACACUUGGAACCACGUUUUAUCAGUCCCAGAUUUGGAGUGACAACUUUUUACAUUUUGACAUUUCUAUGGUAUUUAAUUGGACUAAUAGCAUUUAUUAUCAUACAUUACUUUCGAGACUCAAUUCAUCGUUUAUGGCCGAAGAGAUACACUUGGAAUGUCAAAAAUGAUAUUGUAGUACCAAUUGUUGUCGGCGAAAGUGACAAAACAUGGAACGGCAGGAUCGAUGUUCUAUUAUUGUGUAUGAUUGCUACAGUUUAUGGUUGUAUUAGUGUGUUGAUGCCUAGCAUACAGUCUUUUGUGGUGUUACCUUAUUCACCAGUAAGGCGAUGUUUAUGA